UCCUCCUGGACGCGGGAAAGCGAGGCUGCAGCUAACAGCAGAUCUGACCUUCACUUUAAUGCAGAUUAAACGCAUCUGAACGCGAGAGAGUGGACGUCCUCACAGGCUCACCAUGACAAUGGGUCGUCUUUAAGUGUUCCUCGGUGUUGUUUUAAUAGCUUCUAACAGGAUUCUCGUGACUGUCGGUUGAUGUGGGAAUCAUGCACGCUGAUGUCUGCUUUAUGCUCUGCGCGUGCUUCUUCUCCACCGGUGCGCUGCAGCUGCGUGGACAGGUGUUUCAGACAUGCAGCCAAACCAGAUCCAAACGAGAAACCACCAGAACACAGAGAGAAGCACAUAAACCUGGCAGCACUUUACUAAUGAGAAGUCCAGAUGUCACAAAAGCUCCCGUUACGAAAUCUGAACAGCUCCUCAAGUUAGAUGACCACGACUUCACCAUGAGGCCUGGCUUUGGAGGGCCUGCGAUACCUGUGGGUGUUGAUGUUCAGCUUGAGAGUCUGGACACCAUCUCUGAAGUAGAUAUGGACUUCACCAUGACCCUGUACCUGAGACAUUACUGGAAGGACGAGCGACUCUCCUUUCCCAGCAACACCAACCAGAGCAUGACCUUUGAUGGCCGGCUGGUGAAGAAAAUCUGGGUCCCUGACAUAUUUUUUGUCCAUUCCAAACGAUCCUUCAUCCAUGACACCACCACAGAGAACGUCAUGCUCCGAGUGCAUCCUGAUGGUAAAGUGCUCUACAGCUUGAGGGUUACAGUCACAGCGAUGUGCAAUAUGGAUCUCUCUCACUUUCCCCUGGACACCCAGACGUGCUCCCUGGAGAUCGAGAGCUAUGCCUAUACUGAUGACGACCUCAUGCUGUACUGGAAGAGAGGAAACAAAUCUCUGCAGACGGAUGAGAAGAUCUCUCUUUCUCAGUUCCUCAUUCAGGAGUUUCACACCACCACAAAACUAGCUUUCUACAGCAGCACAGGUUGGUACAAUCGUCUUUACAUCAACUUCACUCUGCGUCGUCAUAUCUUCUUCUUCCUGCUUCAGACCUACUUUCCCGCCACACUUAUGGUCAUGCUGUCAUGGGUGUCCUUCUGGAUCGACCGGAGAGCUGUUCCUGCUCGGGUUCCUCUGGGUAUCACGACGGUGCUCACCAUGUCCACCAUCAUCACUGGAGUGAACGCCUCCAUGCCCAGAGUCUCCUACAUCAAAGCUGUGGACAUUUACCUGUGGGUCAGCUUCGUCUUCGUCUUCCUGUCUGUGAUCGAGUACGCCGCUGUCAAUUACCUGUCCACUCUGCAGGAGCGCAAAGAGAGGACGCUUAGCAGCAGGCAGUUGCCGUGUACGUGUGGGAUGACCCAUCCUGGUCAGAUGAUGAUGAGCAGCAGCUACAGCGACAUGGACAUGAUGACCACAGGGAACUACGGCAUGUCGGAGCUGAACGGAGACAAACAGGAGCAGUUCCUGGUUCAUCAGGUCCUGGAUAAUGAGCAGGGAGCUCAAAGACCUGCUGUAAGCUCCAGCAGCAGCUUAUUUAUAGACACUCAUGCCAUAGACAAAUACUCACGGGUCAUCUUCCCUGGAGCCUAUACUCUCUUCAAUAUCAUAUACUGGUCCAUCUACUCACAAUGACUGCUGCUCCUUUACAUUAUAUGACAUUUGAGAAAGUCUUGGGAAUACAGGUUAACUGUGAAAAACUGUUUCUUUUUUAUUACACUUGAAACAUGGAAUCAAUUUAAGCCUCUUGACAAUGAACAAAUACAUGUGACUGUAUGUGUGCAGCUGACAUGAGCCACCAGUUUCCUCUCCUCAAGAGAAGGUUGUUGUAUUUUUUCUUGUAUAUUUUAGUCUUUAGGCUGAGUAGCAAAGAAUAUUGAUUUUGUCAAUAAAUAUUAAAUUGCCUAUUCAGAUAGCAAUUUGUUUAGCAUUUUCAAGUAAAAUGUGUAAAUUGUACUGAUUUGACUGUCCAUGAACUUUGAAAUACAGAAACAUCAAAAUAAAAACUGCAAAGAUCAAAAUAUUA